CUUAGCCCUCGGCAGCUGUUAUCAAUUAUUUAUAUAUAUCUACUGGGUAACUACAUCGUUAGUUGAACGUGGUUAGAACAUUAUUAAAGAUUCAUCGUGGUGAUUUACCUAAAUAGUUAGUUACCUAAAAUACUUAUUUACCUCGGCGCCUUCGCCGGCUUUAAUGCCUUAUUUAUUUAUGCUGUGCUUCUUUCUCUCUAAAAUCGAGGGCGGGCACAUCCAUCACCAGAAAGCACGCCUCAACAUUGACACCUACGUAGAAAAGAUCAAACAAACCAAAAAUGCCAGCAAGCAAGUCCACCCACAAGGAUGGCUCGUCAUACUCUCGAGUGGCCUGUAUUGGCGCUGGUGCCUCAGGCAUUGCCUUGGGAGCGACGUUGACGCGAUGGUAUAACUUCGAUGACAUCCGGUUUUUUGAGCGCCAUCCAGAUAGCGGCGGGACAUGGUGGGCAAACAAAUAUCCCGGGAUUGCAUGCGACAUCCCGUCUGGGCUAUACAGCUUCUCCUUCGAGUUGAAUCCCGACUGGGGAAAGUUUUUGGCUCCCGGUGAAGAAAUCAAAGCAUACCAUGACCGUGUCCGAGACAGAUAUUGUCUAAGGGACAAAAUGGCCUUCUCAACUGAAGCCCUCCGGUGUGAAUGGGAUGAAAAGUCGAGCCUUUGGACGGUGUAUCUCCGAGACCUAACGACGGGAGAAGAGUAUACCCACACGUGUCACAUACUCUUCACCGCUGUCGGAGUUCUUGUUGUGCCUCGUAAAUGCGAUAUCCCCGGUAGCGAGAAGUUCAUGGGCCGUAUCUUUCACUCAGCGGAGUGGGAUUCCUCUCUGGACCUGAAAGAUAAGAAUGUGAUUGUUCUUGGUAAUGGCUGCACCGGAUCGCAAAUCGUCCCCUCGAUUUUGCCCGAUGUGAAGCAUCUCACGCAAAUAGUCAGAUCAAAGCACUGGAUUGUCCCGAUCAUAAACCCCUCCUAUUCAUCAUGGGUCAAGUGGAUAUUCCGUUAUAUCCCACUCACGAUGCGAAUGCAGCGAUUCCUGAUAUUCUUGCUGGCUGAGCGCAACUGGUCCGCGUUUAAAAUGACAAAGAAAGGUGCGGAGAUACGAAAGCAGAGGCGUGCAAUGGCAGAACGAUAUAUGCGCAAAAGAGCCCCGGCAAAAUACCACGAUCUUCUUAUUCCUGACUUCGAAGUCGGAUGUAAGCGUCGAAUUUUUGAUAGCAGCGGCUACCUUGAGUCUCUGAACGCAGGAAAUAUUACAUUAACCAAUGAGAAACCAUUGGAAAUUCUCCCCGAAGGCAUAUUGACUGAUAAGGGCCUUGUUGCAGCCGACGUUAUCGUGUUGGCCACCGGUUUUGAGGCCACCAACUACAUGCACGGAUUGGAUAUUGUCGGGCGAGAUGGAUUGAGUGUCAAGGAGCACUGGUCUAAAUAUCCAGGACCGACAGCUUACAACAGUUGUGCUCUCAGCGGGUUUCCCAACUUUUUCAUGUUGUUGGGUCCCAAUUCGGCGACGGGACACUCGUCUGCGAUCAUGGCAUCGGAGAACACCGUAAAUUAUGCACUGCGCAUUCUGAAGCCGGUAUUCGAGGGAAAAGCAGCGAUUGUCGAGCUCAAGCGGGAGGCAGAAGAAUUGUACGCUUAUAAGGUUCAGGAUGACUUAGACAAGACUGUUUUCAAUUCUGGGGGUUGUCAGUCAUGGUAUGUCCAAGGCAACAAGUGGAAUCCAACCACGUAUCCAUGGUCCCAGGCGUAUAUGUGGUACAGGAGCCUCUUCCCUACCUGGUCAGAUUGGAACAUACAGUGGAAAGAUUCCCAGAGAAAAAGCAAGACAACAAAAGCUUCGCUCACGUUGAUUGCUAUGAUUGUUAAUGGUUUCGUGGUAUGGAAUUUAUACCCCCAGUUGCCGGCUCGGUUGGGAAUAUCGACAGGGUCUCUUAGGACGGUUUGGGAGCGUGUGAUGGGAUGAAGGUUUGACACUUUGCUGCUGCUGCUACUGCUUCUUUUUUUCUUCACUUCUUCUCUUUAUUUUCGCUGACGUUCAAUGCAUUUUAUUGCCUUGACGGUUUUUGCUGGAGGCAUCGGAAUGAAUCUUCGCGUAAUUUCUGCCGUAAUAUAAUAUACAUAGCGUUGCUUAUCAUAUUUCAUAUCAACAAUUUGAGAAACAGGGAAUAUACGACGAAGGCAACCCCAUUUCCUUUUUUAUGUUGAAUUAACCUAUUAAAAAGGUCCAUCGAUUCCUCCUUUGUUCAAAUCUGAUAGUCGCUCAUUGUACGGAGUCUGGAACAGAUUAGCUAUUGCUUGCUGCUACCUGGCCCACGAGGCGUGCUCGGUUCCCUCACAUCGGAGAAUUCCUAAUAAUAUGCGGUUCAAAAUAUGUGCGAUGUCUCAUGAUUAUUGAUUUGCCGCUUGAGCCGAGUGGGG